UGUACAGGACGGCUGUAUAGUAUCAGUCGCAGGCUUGGUGUUGGAUCGUAACGCGAUUUGCCUGGUUAUAUAAAGGCGAAGAGGGGCAUUGGAGACCUCUUGCACUUUCUUGGUAGCGCGCGACGGUGCGGCCAGUUCUCGCCGAGCACCAUGGCUCGACGCGCGUUCUUGUGUCUUGGUGUUUUAUUGCUAGUCUGCUACGUGAGCAGCGAGACACGAGUGAAGCGGCAAGAGGACGACCCAGCAGGAGAUGACGUGAACGCAGAACAGCUAUGCGAGGGCCGCCCCGCUGACGAAUAUUUCCGUCUCACCACGGAGGGAGACUGCCGAGAUGUUGUCAGGUGCGACCAGGGCGGCGAGAACGGCGUCACUAGGCUCGCCUCAGUGCGCUGUCCCGGUGGUCUCGCCUUCGAUAUCGACCGACAAACCUGUGACUGGAAAACACACGUUAAGAAUUGCGAUAAAAUAGAAAAACCAAGAAAGGUUCUUCCUAUUCUCAAGACUGAUGAGCCAAUUUGCCCAGAAGGAAAAUUAGCUUGUGGAAGUGGAGAUUGUAUCGAAAAAGAGUUGUUCUGCAACGGAAAGCCAGACUGCCAAGAUGAGUCCGACGAAAAUGCUUGCACCGUUGAUGUAGACCCUAACAGAGCACCCGACUGUGAUCCCAACCAAUGUACGCUCCCCGACUGCUUCUGCUCUGCCGAUGGUACUCGUAUUCCUGGAGGGAUAGAGCCCAAUCAAGUGCCCCAAAUGAUCACGAUUACUUUUAACGGCGCUGUAAAUGUAGACAAUAUUGAUUUAUAUGACCAAAUUUUCAACGGUAAUCGACACAAUCCUAAUGGUUGCCAGAUUCGUGGCACUUUCUUUGUGUCACAUAAGUAUACCAAUUAUGCAGCUGUCCAAGAAUUACAUCGUAAAGGACAUGAAAUUUCUGUGUUCUCAAUUACUCAUAAAGAUGAUCCACAAUACUGGACCAGUGGUACCUAUGAUGACUGGUUAGCUGAAAUGGCCGGUGCUCGACUCAUUAUGGAACGAUUUGCAAACAUUACCGAUUCUUCAAUCAUCGGUGUUCGCGCUCCUUACCUUCGCGUAGGUGGAAACAAGCAAUUUGAAAUGAUGGCGGACCAGUACUUUGUUUAUGAUGCCUCAAUCACUGCACCCCUAAGCCGUGUUCCAAUUUGGCCUUAUACUCUUUACUUCCGUAUGCCACAUAAAUGCAAUGGAAAUGCCCACAACUGCCCUUCGAGGAGUCACCCUGUUUGGGAAAUGGUUAUGAAUGAAUUAGACAGAAGAGAUGACCCGACAUUCGAUGAAUCCUUACCAGGUUGCCACGUGGUGGACUCGUGCUCCAAUAUCCAGACCGGAGAACAGUUCGGUCGCCUUCUACGUCACAACUUCAAUCGCCACUACACAACCAACCGUGCUCCACUUGGUCUUCAUUUCCACGCUUCAUGGUUGAAAUCCAAAAAGGAAUUCAGAGACGAACUGAUUAAAUUUAUAGAAGAAAUGCUCGAGAAAAAUGAUGUAUAUUUCACUUCACUCAUUCAGGUUAUCCAGUGGAUGCAAAAUCCCACAGAGCUUUCAUCUUUAAGAGACUUCCAAGAAUGGAAGCAAGAAAAAUGUGAUGUUAAGGGACAACCUUUCUGUUCUUUACCAAAUGCUUGUCCCCUGACCACUCGAGAAUUACCUGGUGAAACUUUACGUCUAUUUACUUGUAUGGAAUGCCCAGCCCAUUAUCCAUGGAUAUUAGAUCCUACAGGAGAAGGUUUUAACACCAAGAAGUGAUCUCUUAAGUUAUAUUAUAAAGACUGUAAACACAUGUAAAUAAUACUCAGUAAUAUUAUUCAAUUCAUUUUUGUGGCAAGAUGAGACCAACAUCUGCAAAAAACUUUCGUCCCUCAUGUGACGAUAUAGACCUCGUAUAAAUUUACCUAUGUACAGAAUAAAAUUCAGAUCAGCACACUUGACUAGCGCAAUAAUUUUAUUCUAAGUUAUAUAGCUGACGGCUCCAUGUGUCAUUGGGAAAUAAGGUACUUGAACAUGCCUUUAUCAACGAAAAUUCUACAUAAAAGUUAUAAAUAAGUAUAAAUUUAGGUUACUAUGAAACUUUAUGAAAUUAUUUUUUUAAUAAUAAAAUAAAUACCUAAUAUAAA